AUGAUCCAGGUCGCCCACUGCACCAAGGCCGCGGUGGCAUGGACCGCCAUCAGGGAGAUGUUCCUCUCCCAGACGCAGGCCAACAUCGUCAACACGCAGAUCGCCCUCUCCAACACCAAAAAGGGCACCACGACCAUCGCCGACUACAUCGGGCGCAUGAAGGCGCUAGGCGACGAGAUGGCUUCAGCAGGGAAGCCGCUCGACGAUGAUGACAUGGUCUCCUACAUCCUCGCUGGACUAGACUACGACUGCAUCUCGUUUGUCUCUUCCAUCUGUGCUGCGAGGACCGAACCAAUCAAGGUAGCAGAACUCUACUCUCAGUUGAUUGGCUUUGAAAAACGCCUUGUUGUGUUCGAAGGUGGCAACCACUCCUCCCAGUCCUCGGCCAACGUCGUCUCCCGUGGCCGUGGUGGUUUCGGCCGAGGUGGAGGUGGCCGCGGCAAUGGUGGUCGCGGCAACGGAGGAGGUGGACGCGGCAACAGAGGCCGUGGAAAUGGAGGCCACGGCAACGGCAACGGAAACGGAGGAGUUGAUGAUCUUCCUAAAGUCACUUGCCAAAUCGGCAAGAGGCAAAACCACACCGCCCUCAAAUGCUAG